GGUCUCGGCUCGCUAGCCAGGCCAAGCCGCAGUCGACACGACAUCAUUGGUUCCUGCAGCCGCAACACCCACAUGGACCUGGCGCCCUGCGCGUUUGGCGUGUGGAACACCGCCGCCGCCAUGCACUCCGCUCGGCGGGCACUGUCCCCGAACAGCGAUGAACUACGGCGGAGCGUCGACAAUGCGUGGCAGGACCUUCACGCGGUUGUGCUGGCCGCCUACCGAGUUCUUCGCGUCGGUCCUGCUGUCUCGCUACAAACAUUAGCAUUCUCCGCCGACGUGCUCAGCACGCUUUUGCACACUCCCGAAGAUCAAUUGCAAGUCGGCGACGAGCGCAUCCUGGACGUGGAAGAAUGCAUCCGCCGUGCCGACCUGGAAGCGGCGGUGUCCCUCGGCAGAAACUUGCCUUUCGACGUAAAAGCCACAAUGGCCUGGGGGUCAUUGAAAGAUGCCACUUCGCGUCUGUUGCUUCUGGCUCUUCCUCGUUGUCUCACACUGCUUAGAUACAUUUGCGAGAAGACGCAGAACCCGACCGUUCUGGAUUUUUGUUACGACCUCUCCGUUCUUCUGGACGAUCUCUUGCUUCUCGUUCAAGGACUCUUCCAGCGACAGAGGAUGGUGGGGCGAGCGUCCACGCCGGUCGCCAACGAGUGA